AUGGGACUCGAACCCAAUUCCAUCCAGGGCCCCUCUCACGGAACACCUAAAGAAUUUCCGUUGGGCGAGAGCCCUUCUACUCGGCACCGUCGGAUCACCGGACAAUUGCGUAGUGUUAACUCAGGUGUUGUCUACCCGGGUCGGAGCGGGAAUUAUCACUUUGUUUCCACGGGUCCAGUCCUUUCGGGUCCAAGUAUCUCUCAAUUUAUGCCUUUGGUUAGCGGGAAGGGCUCACCUGCCUUGAUCAUGCUUGGCCGACCUCUACUGAUGUAUCUGUCAUUAAUGGAAGCACGAGGGAACGGGUUUCAUCGGCAGGCUUUUUUGGCUGUAAAAGCAGCUCCCCCUGAAAGCCGUAUGGAUCCCUUCGCUCGAUCGGCAGGCUCUCCUCCCUACAGAGUUGCUUCUGUUCGAAGAGAAGAGCGAUGCUGGCGGCGGGGCACUCGAAUAUGCCCUUUUUAUACCAGCACCAAGUGUCCGCCCCCUGGUUCCGAUCACGUUCACAACCAAAGACUCCCUUCUAUGGUCUCAGGAGCUAGUUUGCCAAACUAUCAAACAUGGCAACAACGUUUGCACGCUGUGCUAGUGGUUUUACUUUCAUCGCUACUUGGAACCGAUAAACCGCACAGAGACGUUCUCGAACACUCUCUCUACGUCAUUUUCAAGCGGACCGUCGGGGAGGAAAGGCUGACUACUACAAGGGCUUGUGCCAACCAACAAGAAGGGGGACGGAGCAAAGACAUCUCUUGGCCAGAACCGGACAUUGCCCUUUACCAUCCCACCACUAGGAGACUGGGACUCGAGGCGUGGUUCAGUAUUCCCUUCCGCUCUUUAAGUCAAUAA